CCCAGCCCCCUCGCUCCGUGCAUCUUCUUCCUCCUCGCGCGAGCGCCGUCACCCAUCCCGCUGCCGAGCGCCCGAGCCCCCUAGCUCGUCUUCCUCCUCGCUCGAGCGCCUCCACCGCAGGUGUCUCUUUUGGCUAUCAACUAUACUGUUGUAGUGGUUUCUAGCAUUCUUAACAAAAUGGUGAAGCUGACAAUGAUAGCGCGCGUCACUGAUGGCCUUCCGCUGGCAGAAGGGCUGGAUGACGGCCGGGAUCAGAAGGAUUCUGACUUCUACAAGCAGCAAGCUAAACUUCUUUUUAAGAAUUUGUCAAAUGGGCAUCAUGAAGCCUCAAGGAUGUCGAUUGAGACCGGGCCUUACUUUUUCCAUUACAUCAUUGAAGGUCGAGUAUGUUAUCUAACAAUGUGUGACCGUUCUUAUCCAAAGAAACUUGCAUUCCAAUACCUAGAAGAUCUGAAGAAUGAAUUUGAGAGAGUUAAUGGCAGUCAAAUUGAAACUGCUGCAAGGCCUUAUGCUUUUAUUAAGUUUGACACAUUCAUACAGAAGACUAAGAAACUGUAUUUGGAUACUAGAACCCAAAGGAACCUUGCAAAAUUGAAUGAUGAGCUCUAUGAGGUGCACCAAAUUAUGACUCGCAAUGUUAAAGAAGUUCUUGGUGUCGGCGAAAAGCUAGAUCAGGUCAGUGAAAUGUCAAGUAGGUUGACAUCCGACACAAGAAUCUAUGCAGAUAAAGCAAAGGAUCUCAAUCGCCAGGCCUUCAUUCGGAAGUAUGCUCCUGUUGCCAUUGUUAUUGGGGUUGUAAUAAUGCUCUUUUGGGCCAAGAACAAGAUAUGGUGAUUACUCUAAACAAAUGAAGCUGGCCUGUGUUACACUGGAGAAUGAGCACAGUUAAGGUCGAUUCUGGAUCAAGAGAUGCUUCAAAGACUUGUAUCCCGUGUCUGCCCUUUCAAGCGACUACAACUGCCUUCACCCGUCCCUAGUCCCUACAAGCUACACAAAUGGGAAUUCGUUGUAGUAUAGACCUUAUAUAACAGACUUGAUUUUGUGAAUCCUCGGAACCAUACAUACAAGAGCUCCAUAGUGUCGACUUUUCGAUACCGGGAUUGUAUUUUUGUGUGUUAACUCAUGUAAGAAUCCAGGCUGAUGAACUACACUCUGCUUCCGCACUUCACUACAUCAUAUUUCCAUGUUCGUCGUGUGGGCUA